AUGUCCAAACACCAAGAAGUCAGGGCACCAAGUUUCCGCAUCAACCACGUAGCGGCGGGGCUUGCGAUGAACGUGGGAGUCACAAACAAAAAAACCAUCGCCUCCGAUCACAAAUCCACGACGCGUCUCGCCACCAGCGUAGCGGACCAGAGGACAACCUUCCUGAAGAAGGCUGCCCUGCUGCCCCACGUGGCGCUCAACCAGCUCGCCGCUGGGAGAUGGCGGGCCGGGGGUCGGGCCGGGGUCGGGCCGGAGGUCGGGCCGGGGGUCGGGCCGGAGGUCAGGCCAGAGGUCGGGCCGGGGGUCGGGCCGGGGGUCGGGCCGGGGGUCGGGCCGGGGGUCGGGCCGGGGGUCGGGCCGGGGGUCGGGCCGGGGGUCGGGCCGGAGGUCGGGCCGGGGGUCGGGCCGGAGGUCGGGCCGGGGGUCGGGCCGGGGGUCGGGCCGGAGGUCGGGCCGGGGGUCGGGCCGGAGGUCGGGCCGGGGGUCGGGCCGGGGGUCGGGCCGGGGGUCGGGCCGGGGGUCGGGCCGGGGGUCGGGCCGGGGGUCGGGCCGGAGGUCGGGCCGGGGGUCGGGCCGGAGGUCGGGCCGGGGGUCGGGCCGGAGGUCGGGCCGGGGGUCGGGCCGGGGGUCGGGCCGGAGGUCGGGCCGGGGGUCGGGCCGGAGGUCGGGCCGGGGGUCGGGCCGGGGGUCGGGCCGGGGGUCGGGCCGGGGGUCGGGCCGGGGGUCGGGCCGGGGGUCGGGCCGGGGGUCGGGCCGGGGGUCGGGCCGGGGGUUGGGCCGGAGGUCGGGCCGGGGGUCGGGCCGGGGGUCGGGCCGGAGGUCGGGCCGGAGGUCGGGCCGGAGGUCGGGCCGGGGGUCGGGCCGGAGGUCGGGCCGGAGGUCGGGCCGGAGGUCGGGCCGGAGGUCGGGCCGGGGGUCGGGUCGCCUCGUGGCCGACGGGAGUUGGCGGGCCGGCGGCGCUGA